AUUAUGUUCUGUAGGAGGAAGGGGAAGAGGAAGAGAAAAUGCCUGGGGAUAUCUGGCAGAUUAAAAAAAUAUCCGACUGUGAUUUCUGGUUCCUAAAAUCAGCUGAUGACACAGACAAUCUUGCAUCAGAACCACUAGAUUUGGGCACAGCAGUUGAUGAAGUUUUAGAGGAAAGGGGGGAACAGUCCUAUAAAGAAAAGAUGAUAUUGAAAGUUCCGUCAAUCGUGGUAAAGAUCGAGGGAGGUGUUGGUAACCGAACUGUACCGUUACUUAUCACUGAGAUGUCAUUCCAAGGUGAAGUCAGGGACUGGUCAGGAAAGCUAUAUGUAGAGAGUAGACUUUUGCUGGAGGUGGCUUAUUACAACGAGAAAAUGUCGGUAUGGGAACCACUAGUGGAACCAGUGUUUCAUGAGGGUAAAUACAGGAGAUGGGAACUUGGUCUUGAGGUUAGUUAUUUCAUAAUAUGA